AUGGCACCCUCAUUGGAAGAGCCUGUCGUGACAGGGCCAGCAGCCUUCACCGUUCCAGUGCUGAAAAAGACCCUCGCCGCCAGUGGCGAUAACAAGUUUGGCUACCAGCCUGGCCGGACCCCAGUCACUCAGCACGACAACUACGCCCAUGCUGAUUUCCUGCCCAAUUUCCCGGACAUUCACUGGCCCCCUCUUGAAUACACAGAAUACAACGACAAGGGCCUGCGAGGCGACCCGAAAUUCCGCAACCUGCUCAGAGACGCCACAGCAGUGUUUGAUCACAACCCUAAAAUUGGAACUGAAAUUCAGGGCGUAGACCUUUCCACCCUCGAUGAUGCCCAGAAGGAUGAUCUUGCCCGGUUGAUUGCCUACCGAGGCGUUGUCUUUUUCCGCUCUCAAAAGAACUUCGAUGUUGAUGCCCAGCGGGAUCUGGGAAGAUACUGGGGCAAGCUGCACAAGCAUGCAACCACAUCAGUGCCUCGCAAAGCAGGCCUUGAGGAUGUUCAUGUCGUCUACACCGGUGACAACUCAGCCGAUAACCGUGCCCUCUUCACCCCCAGCUUCUUGUGGCACUCAGACGUGACCUAUGAGCUCCAACCACCAUCUUACACCUCUCUCAAGCUCCUCACUGGUCCACCCCGGGGAGGCGGUGGUGACACCCUGUGGUCAUCCCAAUACGCCGCCUAUGACGUCCUUUCAUCCCAUAUGCAAACCUAUCUCAAGGGCCUUACCGCAGCCCACUCCGCCGACAUGCAAGCUAAUGACUCUCGGGCACUGGGUCGUCCUGUGCGUCGCGAUCCCGUUACCACUGUUCAUCCUCUCAUCCGCACCAAUCCCGUUACCGGUUGGAAUGGUCUCUUCUUCAACCCCGGCUUCGUCAGGAAGAUCAUUGGCAUCCCUGCCGCGGAGAGCGAUGCCAUCAUCCGCUACCUGACCGAUGUGAUUGCUACCACACAAGAAAUGCACGCCCGCUUCUCCUGGGGCGCGGAUGAUGUUGCUCUCUGGGACAACCGGUCCACCAACCACAGUGCCUCUUAUGGAUUCACACCACACCGCCGUCACGCUAUCCGUGUAGCUGUUCAGGCCGAGAAGCCUGUGCUGGAGGAGACUGGAAGAUCCCAGGAAGACGAGUUGAAUGCUUUGUAUGGACUGCCGGCGGUCAACAAGGAUGGAUCUCGCCAAUCAAACUACAAUGAUUGA